AUGCUUACAUUCGGGUGCAAGACGGCUGGGCGAGCCGCCUUACGGAGGUCCCACUUACCAAACCGCCAAACCAACAUCUCCAAACGACACAGCUCCAACAAUAAUAAUACACCUCAUACGAAAGACGUGGACGACGCCGCCAAUGGCACUUCUAUCCCUGUUCCAAGCACCGUACCGACUGUGCCACUGUGGCAGCGAUUAGGCCCUUUAUCGAGAGGUUUCCAGGCCUACGGGAGAAGCCAGCGGAAACGUCCCUACACGACACAGUUCAUUAGUUCACUCGUUAUUUACUUUCUCGGUGAUCUGUCUGCGCAGAGCAUCAAUGGAGAUGACUAUGAUCCUGCCCGCACACUGCGUGCCUUGGUAAUCAGUGCUGGCUCUUCGAUACCAAGUUACCAAUGGUUCAUCUUCCUCGGCAACCAUUUCAACUAUUCGUCCAAGAUCCUCUCUCUCGCAACCAAAGUGACGGUCAAUCAAGUCGCUUAUACCCCGCUCUUCAACAGCUACUUCUUCGGCAUGCAAUCUCUCCUAUCAGGCGACACGCUCCCCGAGGUCUGGGAACGCAUCAAACGCACCGUGCCAGUUUCCGUAGUCAACAGCUGCAAACUGUGGCCCGCGGUUACGGCUUUCAGUUUCACCUUCAUAGACGCGCAAUAUCGGAGCAUCUUCGCCGGCUUUAUCGCUAUUGGCUGGCAGACCUAUCUGAGUUACCUGAACAGGAAGGCCGAGGUCGAAGAGGCUGCUCAAAGAGCAGUCGAAGGAAAUACAGACGCUGAGAAGAGAGCGCUAGAGGCGGUACAAGCUAGUACGCAAAAAGCGUAG